CCGGUCGCUCUCAAGGUGCUUCUGACUUCAAGUGAAAGCAGCACCAUCAUCAUCAUCAUCCUAUUUAUACCUCCUCUCUUCUACUAUAUCAACCUCCAUCUAACUCUACCCUGUUUAAUCUCAUACAUACACUGCCACACAUUUGAGCUUGCACAGCGACAAUAGUUGUCUUCACACACAUACAAGUCACCACCAACAACUAUCUUCCUCAACCUCAACCAUCAAACCAAUAUUCAACAUGGCCGUCAAGGAGUACCAGCCUCUUGUCAACCACUGCUGCUCUUUCUGCUGCAAGGCAGUUGACUUCGGUACACACGACUACUGCCCUGUGGGCGCCGAGUGUGCUAGCUGCCCAUACUAAGACUGGCAUCUCAUUCUGAAGCCUAAAAGUCCCAGCUGGGGCUGAUUUACUCGAUUGGGCUGGCUGCAUCAUGCCACUCGGUCUGCAAGUCGUCUAAAGUCUGCAAAUAACUCCACGCCAGCUCAAGUUCCACCUCCAACGAAAGUUCGUCAUGGCCGAUCCAUGGCGUCCUUGCUUCGUUGAUCUCGCUUCCUUCCUGUCAGCUUCAACCAGAUCUCGGGCGGAACCCGCUCUUCCAAGCCACUCAUUGGAUCACGACAAAUGACAAAACAGGGCCUCAAGGCUUUUCGUCCAAACACCCACGUCUACUACAACCGUCCAUCACAUCUCUCACAACGCUGUUCCUCACCGGCGAUGCAUGGCGUCUGGGAAAUCGAACAAACAAACAUUUCCCACCUCAUUCACCUUCAACUGCGGCCAAUAGACAACAAUCGUCCUGCAGAAGCAAGUCUAAUCUACAGUACACCUCUUUCAACCGUACGACACUGCAUAUCAGAUGCAUGAAACUGGUGCAUUUAUAUGCGGCUUGCUUGCUUGACAACCACCGUGUAUCUCUCAGCUCGGGCUCGACGGUCAAACGGCGGGAAAAGCCGUAUUUUGUUUAUGUCUCCUGUCAUCUGAUGGACGAGAUCACCUCCACCCCUACAACAUUUCCUCUAUUCACUUGGUUCCGUCCUUUUGGACUUGGGACGUUCGAGGAAUUUUCUUCAAUAUUUGCAUAACAGUUGCUUUUUUUGGUUGUGGUUGGGAUCGAGAUG